AUGGAUUCUGGCAAACUCGUAAAUGCCAUUUCUAUGGAAUCUAUUAACAGUGUGAGCACUGAAUCAACUCACAGUAAUAAUGUUCGCACACUCUUUGUGUCUGGACUGCCUAUGGAUGCUAAGCCUCGUGAACUAUAUCUUCUUUUUCGGGCAUAUAGAGGCUAUGAAUCUUCUUUGCUUAAGAUGACAGCGAAAGGUGGCAAGCCAACGAGUCCCGUUGGUUUUGUCACUUUCACGACACGUCAAGACGCCGAUGAAGCCAGAAAACAUUUACAAGGAGUUCGUUUCGACCCAGAUUGUGCCCAGCAACUAAGAUUAGAGCUGGCAAAAUCGAACACAAAAGUAUCACGACCUAAACAGUCACCUCCGCCACUUGCUCCUGCAGCUGCAGCGCCAUUACAGUCCAUUCCACAAUUUUUGGCACCGUUGCAACCAGCGGAAUUAGUGCUUGAUCCAAAUCAUCAACUGUUAUUGGAUCAACAACAACUUCUCGCUUUAUCUCAGUUCGCGAGCCAAGCACAAGCUGUACAAGCGCUCCAAGCAUAUCUUCCAUCUACAGUGCAGUUAGCUGCUGCCUCACAAUCUAAUAUUUAUGCUGCUGUCGCUGCUGCUCAGACUAACAACACACCAGCUUGUUCCACAUUAUUUGUAGCAAAUUUGGCAUCUACUGUUUCCGAGGAUGAGUUGCGAACUGUAUUCAAAGCUUUCCCCGGAUUCACUAGGUUACGAAUGCAUUCAAAAAACGGAUCAAGCGUUGCGUUUGUUGAAUACUCUGACUUACGACAUGCCUCCCACGCCAUGCUUAGCCUACAAGGAUUCCAAGUUUCUUCUGCAGACCGAGGAGGCUUACGUAUCGAAUAUGCUCGCAAUAAAAUGGCUGACGUCAAUGGAUAA